GCCAUUUCGCCAUGUUGCAUUAAAUUUGGUUUAAGGUGUUAAAAGUAUAAAAUUAUGAAUUGUGCAGUUAUUAUCUUACUUGAAUGAAUAUCCUAUGUUGUACACAAUAAAGCGAGCUUUUAUUGCGGAAAAUAAAUAGUAAAAAUGUCAAGUUCUAGUGAAGUAUGCGUAUGCAUCCGGCAGUGCAAAGUCGAAGAUGUCAACACUCUUAUGGAAUUUGCGGAAAAGCAAAACUGGGAUUAUUCAAUGUAUGACUACUGGGCGUAUACUAGACUUGAUCAUGAGUUUCUACUGGUUGCAAUAGAUGCAUCAGGAGCUCCCGUGGGAUUUGGUGGUAUAAACCGGAACCCGUGCGACACACUGUACCUUAGCAGCUUCAUUGUACGAGAGGAUCUUCGUCAAAAGGGGAUAGGGAGAAAAAUUUGGAAAGCCUUAAUGGAUCGUGUAGGAGAUAAAAAUGUUGCUCUUGAUGGAGCACCAGAAAUGCAUGACUGGUAUGAAAAACAAGGUUUUGUCCACACGUCGUAUGAGGUCUUAUUCUAUACUAUCACAAAAUCAAAUUUCACGCAAACUGAAAAUCAGUCAAAUUAUAAACUAGUUCCUUUGUCAGAUGAUAUGUGGCCUUCGCUGAUGGUAUAUGAUAAACAAGUGUACCCAGAUAUUGACAGAGAGCAGAUACUUCGAGCUUGGUUUACAGGAAAGGACGUCAAAAUCGUUAUUGCUUUGGAUGAUAAUGCGAUUGUAGGAUAUGGAAGUAUUCAUAAAAAGUCCGAGAAUAAGUAUGGUCUUAGGAAUGUAUUUGCUGAUAAUGAAAGCGUUUUUGAAAACAUUUUGUAUGAACUGUUUUCCAAUAUCCCCGAUGUAUCGAAUGUGCAUUUCCUGUUGAUUGACAAAAAACCUUUGCCAAACUGCUUAUGUUCGAGUCUUUAUGAUAACGAACGAACUCAGCGCAUGUAUACCAAAUUCCCCAUUCAAAUUAACACAGAAAAAGUCUGGCUUGCUACCGCUCAUUUUUUAUAGAUUUGUAGACUUAAAGAUACACACGUUUUGUUAAUAUUUUGAAUUCUAAAGUUCACUACUUUCCGUUGAUAGUAUUUACCGUAUAGGUCGUGUAACUCAAACUAUUGAUGAUAUUACACGGCAACAUACUUAUUUCGGUCAUGGUGAGCAGUUAGAAAGGACCUUACCUAAACAUUUACAAAUAGGCAUUGGGGAAAUACCUCAUGUUCUAUAUCACAUUAAAUAACAGUUCUUGUUUAACUUAUAUACAGUGAGUACGUCAAUGAAGACAGAGAUGAAAACAAGCAUUACAUUUAAGUGUUCAUUGAGAAAGACAGUGUGUUACUAAAUGUGAUGAAGAAACUAUUAUGCUAUGAUAAGAUGAGUAAAACGUAACGGAAUGGCAUAUACGAGCGUGUGAUUUCAAAAUGAUUCAAAUACGAUAUGCAGACAUGAUGUGAAAAUAGAAAGUUUACAGUUGCCCGGACAGUUGUUAUAACCUUCACUUAGCGCCUCAGAGUGUCCGAGUGUUCAGUGUCUUCUACUUCAAGUAAUUUACCGUGCACCGAGUUUGAAACCUCGCUUCAAUUAUAAUGUAUGUUAAUGUGAGAAAGUCAUUCAUUUCGCUUACAGAAGGUUAGUGGUUCUAUCAAGAUGCCCUCUGUGCCUAAAGUAUUCCACAGCGCGUAACACUAUCAAAGUCUGCAUAGCGUAUAUGACAUUUUAACACAAUAAUGUUUUAUAGCAUUUCUGUGGUCAUUAUCAUAACGAAUAGGUCAUGUGCGAUUUAUUUAAUUACAUACAUAAUAUAAGGUAAUGAUUAGAAACAUGGGAUUAAGUUUGAAGGAGUUAUUAAAGUAGGUUUAAGUUCUUUGCGCAUCCUUUUGAUUUAUUUGUUCUGUAAUGAAUUAAUUAAUUAAAUUGUUUAUA